AUGGCACAGGACAACCUCAUCGCAAAGCCUCUCCCAGUUACCCUUCUUUCAGGGUUCUUGGGAAGCGGCAAGACUACGCUCCUUGAACACAUCCUUAAAUCGAGCGAGCAUGGAUUGAAGAUUGCCGUGAUAGUCAAUGACAUGGCAUCACUGAAUAUCGACGCUGCUCUGAUCACCCACCACAAAGUCUCUCAGACACAGGAAAAGCUGAUUCAGCUUCAAAAUGGAUGCAUCUGCUGCACGCUUCGAGGCGAUCUGCUAUCUGAGCUUGCCCGUCUGGCCCGCUCUCCGGGCAUGGUGGAUUACGUCGUUAUUGAGAGCACUGGGAUCAGUGAACCGAUGCAAGUUGCUGAAACGUUUACAUCGGAGUUUACUGCCGCUAUGAUGGAGGUUGAUCCUGAAAGCAUGGACAGCAUUGCGAAAGAGGAGAGAAAGAUUCUUAUGGAGGUGGCGGAACUGGGUGGGCUGCACAACCUCGCCAAACUAGACACCACAGUCACCGUUAUCGAUGCUUUCAAUCUGUUCUCCAAUUUUCAUACCGCCGAGUUCCUGUCUGAUCGGUACGGCUCCGACGAGAUUGCCCCGGAAGAUGAGCGAACCAUUUCAGAUUUGAUGGUGGAUCAGAUCGAAUUCGCCGACGUGCUCAUUAUCAACAAAAUCGAUACUGUCGAUGCAAAAGCUCGCCAGAAGAUCAGAGAUCUUCUCCAACUGCUAAACCCAGACGCCAAAGUCAUUGAGACAAAUUUCUCAAAGGUUGAUGUCAAAGAAAUCGUGCAGACGGGGAAAUUCGAUUUCGUCAAGGCCGCAUCUGGGGCCGGUUGGUUGAGAAGUCUGCAUGAGAUGACAAUGCUGAAUACCGCGGAUGGCAAGAAGAGGUUGGCGCCGAAGCCGGAGACACUGGAAUACGGUAUCAACAACUUCGUAUACUCCGCGCGAAGACCGUUCCACCCUCGACGCCUAUUCGCCCUCUUGCAGGACAAAUUUAUCCUUCUACAAAGCAACGAGAACCAAAACACAGGAGAAAAUGAUGAACAAGAAGAUGAAAACGAGGAGGACGACGAGGAGGAGAAUGACACAGAUGAUGACGAUAAGAUGUCUGACAUUGCAGACUUCGACCAACUUGAGCCCUCGGUUAUUUUGGGCAACAAGCAAGCUAAUCCUGCUUUUGGCCCUGUUCUCCGCUCCAAGGGGUUCUUCUGGCUUGCCACUCGAGCUUUCCAAUUCGGCGAAUGGAGCCAAGCCGGUGGCAUUUUGACCGUGAGCUGUGGCGGAGUGUGGUUCGCUGAACUUCCGCGGGAUGUAUGGCCUGAUGAUAAGGAUAUCAUUGAGUCGAUUGAGCGUGACUUCGCGGGCGAAUGGGGCGAUAGAAGACAGGAGAUUGUCUUCAUAGGAGAAGGUAUUGAUUCAGAGAAGAUAUCGCGUGCGCUGGAUGAAUGUUUGUUGGAUGACAAGGAAAUGUGGCAAUGGGAAAGAGUUAUGCGGAACCCUAAAAUGUCUACUGCACAGAAGACUGAUGCCUUGGAUAAGUUGUGGGAGGAUGGAUGGGAGGAGUGGCCUAGUGUUGAUAUGGUCGAUGUGGACGAGGAGGGCGACGAAGACAAUAUGGACGUGGACGGCCAAAAAGACAGCAAAACGCAAGAGAAACGUAAAAUCAGCCAUCAUCUGGAAACCGGGCACAAGCAUCAUGGCCAUAACCAUGCACAUACUAACGCCAUCCGUGCUUGA